AUGUUGGAUCGCUUAAAACUAGUGCCUAUUCAAAAAUGGCCUGAAAUAAGAUCUUUAUUAAAAUUAUAUCUUCCCAGAAGUAUAGCUGGACUAAACUUUUUGGAGACCAGAGAAGAAAUUGAAAAGUUAGGUUAUGAUUAUAAAGCCAAAGUUUACUGCCCAGACGGUGAUGCCUCUAAUGGAAUUGUUGCCCUUAAUGUUAAGGACAAGCUCUAUGAGGUUAAUAUUCAGUGUCCUAAAGAUGACACCAGAGAACUGGAAGAAGCUUUGAGAACAACUAAAGUUAUAGACUGGACCCGAGAUAUAAAAUUAAUAUACACUCAAAAUCAUGUGAUGCAAUGUAUGAUGAAAGUAAUAAGGGAUAAAAAUAUUGCCAUUCAGCAAGUAAUACCUUCAGUGACGUUUGUCAAGUAUAACAAUGAUCCACUUUUUGACGUAAGGUAA